CUCGUCAUCUUUUUUGGUUAUUAUCCAAGUUUCCUAGUUCGCCAUGUAUAUUUAACCUGGCGGGCCUGGGUAGAAAGUGGAGCUCCCAGCUGCCAUCUUUUAGAUCACGCUUGGCAAAAGUCGAGAAGUUCGGUGUGAAAAUGAUACGUCCGAGGUGUUUGUUUAUUUUCGGAGGGGAUUUUUCUCCGAAAGACUGGUGAAACCAAUCUUUUUCUCCUUUUUCUUGGGCCGGUGACUAGCAGACGUCGAAAGCAGCAGCUCCGUGCCGCCGGUGGAGCACGGCCGGCUUCUGCUCUUUUGGCUGGUUCUGAUGGGCAGUAGAGGGAGAUGGGGCCAGUAUUCCGACACUGCCCCUGCUUCCGGCCGGCCCGAGAGGAAGUCCGUGUCUUGGACUAUGCUCACUGUAGUUUGGAAGAGGUGCCUACGGAAGUGUUCAACUACGAGCGUACAUUGGAAGAGCUCUACCUCAAUGCAAACCAGAUCAAAGAGUUGCCUAGGCCCUUGUUUCAUUGUCAUGGACUACGUAAGCUCAACGUUAGCGACAACGACAUACAACAGCUGCCCCCGGCCAUUGCGUCGCUCAUUAGUUUAGAAGAACUGGACAUCAGCAAAAACAAUGUUAUGGAAAUACCAGAUAACAUCAAUGGAUGCAAAUGUUUGUCAGUAGUCGAGGCAAGCGUUAACCCGGUUGGGAAGCUGCCCGACGGCUUUACCCAGCUCAUUAACAUUCAACAACUUUACCUCAACGAUACUUUCUUAGAAUACUUACCCGCAAAUUUUGGAAGACUUUCCAAAUUAAAAAUACUCGAACUCCGCGAAAACCACCUGAAGAUAUUACCAAAGUCAAUGGCACGACUCACAGAGCUGUCCAGGCUGGACAUCGGACAGAACGACUUCGUUGAGCUGCCCGAAGUCAUCGGAAGUUUGCCCAGCCUGACGGAGCUCUGGUGCGACAACAACCAAAUAACCGCGCUUCCUUCAUACCUGGGGAAUCUUGUGAAACUAACUUACCUCGAUGCGAGUCACAACAAAAUUUCCUACAUUGCUGAAGAGAUCGAAAACCUGGUACGGCUCACCGACUUCACGCUCAGCUCAAAUCGUUUGCAAAAGUUACCUGACACAAUGGGAGGGUUGCAGCGGUUGACAACUCUUCGGAUAGACGACAAUCACCUGUCUACGUUGCCUGACAGCAUUGGGCAACUCGGUAAGCUGGAGGAGUUGGUAAUCAGUCGGAAUCGGAUUGACUCUCUCCCGUCGACAAUGGGACUCUUACGUAGCCUGGCAAUACUCAUCGCUGACGAGAAUGCUAUGGAGGACCUUCCACCUGAGAUUGGUAGCUGUCAGAAACUGCGCAUUCUUUCUUUGCGCGACAAUCGCUUGAUGAACAUCCCCGAUGAAUUAGGCCACUUGUGCAGCCUCAGGGUUGUGAACCUGAGUGGGAACCAAUUACGGCAUUUGCCUGUCAGUCUCGCCAAGCUCGGCAGCCUUCACGCUCUGUGGCUUUCUGAGAAUCAAACAAAGCCACUCGUGCUACUGCAGUCAGAUGUGGAUUACGAGACAGGCCAGAGGGUAUUGACAUGCUUCCUGCUGCCUCAAGAAUCGUCGGUGUACCGGGACAAACCCGACGUUAUCGAAGAUGGUGGGAGUGCCGCAGGCGGAGAACGUCGUGGCACCAUCACAUUUGCGUGCGACGUUGAUGUCGACCGUCCGAGAAGACUGGUUCGCUUGCCAACGCCGUAUCCAAAGGAGCUCAAGGCAAGAGCACGUCACACGCGAAACUUGUACAGGCAAUCCAACGGCAGCAUCGGUGGACAAGCCAUCAUGGCACAGCCCACAUCUCAGAUCGACAACUUCCCAUCAGAAGGAAGAAUGACUGACAGAGCUGCAGACGUGCAGGUCAAAGAAGCCAAAGUUGUUCGACCCGUCUCAUCGGGGUCUCCUGACCAUUUACUUGUCAGCUCUGAAAAGCACGGUGUGAAUCACCAAGAUGCAAUAACACCCAACACGAAGCUCUUUCAACAGUGCCUUGCCCCUGUCACCACAAAUAACUGCAUUCCUCCUAGCAUGGAUCUAGAGCGGCCCAAACCAGUAGCGAGUUCACCGUAUGGCAUAUCUCUUCACGCCAACUCGAACCGAAGCACCCCACCCUCUCAGCGGCAGCACAGGACACCUGUCAGAAUGCCUUACCCCGAGAACCACAUUGUUCUCCGGGAAACCCUGAGCUGCAUCAACGAACACUCCACCACUACAGAAUCCCCGCGCCUUCAUCAUCAUCACCAGCCCUCUCCUCCGCCGAACCCCUCACAUCAUCCCCCGACGGAUCAUCCGCAGCAACACCCGCAGCAGCACAGAAGCCCCAACUUUCACGUCGUCGUCGCGCAGCUCAACGAGAGGUUCCGCACGCUGUCCGACGAGACCCCGGGGGAGCCCCCGGGUUACCAGAGCGACCACGAGACCUAUGUGCAACCUCCCAAGGCUCUCGUGUGCCACGACGGAUACUCCAGCGACCUGGACUCCAUGAUGACCAUCCGGCGGCAUCCCAUGCCCUAUCGUGCAAUACCCCUCGACGUAGUUCCCAAAAACAGGAGUCCGUUGACGUAUUCUCCGGCGAGGUUUCAACGUCACCUGCAUCCAGUGAGAGACUCUCGCGUGGUGUCGCUGCCGUCGCGUGAUGCAACUUGGGUGAAAGUUGGUGGUGACGCUAUGUACUCAGUGGCGGGGUCCGUGCGAGACGACCCCGUUUGUUUGCUUCCGCAGCACCGCUCCAAUCUGAGGACCAGCAAAGAUGGGUACAGUCUGCCACUGGAUCGGAGGCACCCGGAAGAAACCAUUGAUAGCUGCCAGUGAGAAGCAACAGCUAGCGGCCGCUGUCAAAGGUGCGAUGCCACAGCUCCUGCACUUUGUCCUGUACAGUGUUGUCUGUCGGUCAGGAACAGAUGUGCAGGAGUGACUUGGACCUCCUCAAAGAUAUCCAAUUUGAUCCGGUGCUGACUGGACAUUGCCUUAUCCAAGCUGAUUGGCGCUGGUCCCAGAGAAACGACGGUGCUGUUGUGAAGCGGCAAUAACACACAAGAAACACUUGUUUUGCUCAACUGCAAGCGAUGACUCUGACUGCACAGAAUAUUGUAGAGAUGUAAUAUUUACAGUUGUUAUUAUUUAUAUUUGGAGUGUAUACUUUAGAGGACACAUACAUAGUAUGAGGAUACAUGGUGCGCAUCCGGUGCAUGUAGCAGUCAUAGUGUCACUAUUCACUAACAGAGAGGGAAGCAUUUUACUGGUUAACACACCUAGCGGACCUUGAGUUUUCUCAAAGUUGUACCAGCUGCCCGUUGUUCAGAUUCAGAUAUUUUGUUGUUUUAGCUCGACCGUUUCGAACUGCUGCUCACCGUCUACUUGAGUAUGUUGUGUACUGUAAGUGAUGUAUAUAAGUUUUUGGGUUGAAAUAUAAUUCAUGUUUUUUGCUUUGUUU